AUGAUGAUGGUGGUGGUGGCCAACCAGGCUGCUCCAGUGGAAAAGCAUCACCAGGGGAACAUGGAUCCCCAACUGCUAGCAUUGGCGUCCUCCGGCACUUCCGAGAAACUGCAAGCUCUUCUCAACGGGGAAGACGGUCAAGCCUCUAGCCACGGCAGCGGCAACGAUGGAGGCUUGACUACUCGACGAGCUAGCUCUUAUGGUGACACAGAAGCAAAUGAGUCGAUCCUCGCAGGGAUCACUGCUGAAGGCGACACUGCACUCCAUGUGGUGGCCGCAUGUGGUCAGGGCGAUGACUUCUCUACCCGCCGGUGGUGUUGGUGCCUAACCCGCUCUAAACGCCAUGCAUUGACCACCUAUGGCGACGGUGAUAAUUUCUUGCAGAGUGCUUGCAUCAUCUACGAGAAAGCGAAGCACCUCCUCUUUGUGCAAAACAACAAGGGCGACACCCCUCUCCACUGUGCUGCACGGGCCGGGAAAUCCAAAAUGGUCGCUCGCCUCAUUGAGCUCGCUGAAGGCGAGGAUAGGAUGAAGGAAUUUCUGCGGAAAGAAAACAAGCACAAGGAGACAGCCUUGAACGAGGCUGUUCGUGUUGGGAACAAGGACAUAGUCGACCUGCUGAUGAUGAAGGACUCAGAAUUGGCCAGCUUUCCUGAAGAUGGCAGCGCAUCACCUAUGUACCUAGCCAUUGUGCUCAAACGGGAUGAAAUUGUGAAAACACUAUAUGAUAAGAGUAGUCGUGGAAUGCUUUCCUUCUCCGGACCAAAUGGACAGAACGCAUUGCAUGCUGCCGUUCUCCGAUACCGAACCCGAGAUCUUGCGAAGUUGUUAAAAUGGAAUGAAACACACCUCUGCCUGCAAAAUAAGGACCUUGCCACACAAAGGGAUGAAAAUGGGAGUACGCCACUUCACUUUGCCGCAGCUAUAAAGUUUCUAUUUAGGCCAUCAAGAAUUUGUCGGCAAGUAUUGGAAGCUAAUGCAGAUGCCCUGUAUCAACCAGACCAUGCCGGAUUUUUCCCCAUUCACGUUGCUGCCUCUGUAGGUGCUUUCAGGAACGUUGACAUGUUUAUUAAAAAAUGUCCUGGUAGCGCCGGUCUGCGUGAUGCUAAGGGAAGGACAUUUCUUCAUGUUGCUGUUGACAAAAAGAGUGUGAGCAUAAUCAGUGGUGCCUGCAGAAAUCUAUCACUAUCAUGGAUUAUGAAUAUGGUAGACAAUGAUGGAAAUACUGCACUUCACCUUGCUGUCAAGGCUGAGAGUAUUCACAUGUUUUCUCGUCUAUUGGAGAACCCACAAGUAAACUUGAAUUUACCGAACAAUAGAUGGGAGACUCCAUUGGAUACAGCCCAAUAUAAGCUUAUGCCCAAAGGAGCAUUUUUUUUUUGA